UGAGUAAUACACACAAUACUGUGAAAAUGUCGGGUUAUUUUGGGUUACCCGCAUAGUAAAAUACUUGGUUAGCUGCCGACAUCGUUUACGUUGAAAGUUGUACGCCCUGUGCAAUUCACCCGUGAUAUCUAUCCUUGCGAUGCUGUCGUAGGAUAAACACGGUCAAUUUCCUCAAGAGAUAUGGAAGUGGGAUUGCGGGUUGUUCGGGGCCUGCAUUGGUCUUGGGAAAACCAGGACGGUGGCGAGGGCCAUGCAGGCACUGUCAUAGAAGUUGGAAAGUCGUCUGGCUCUGGUAAUCCUUCAAAUUCGACUGCAAACACUGCUGACAAGACACCUGACAAGACUGUAAUUGUUCAGUGGGACAGAGGGUCGAGAAGUAAUUAUAGAAUCGGAUAUCAGGGCGCCUACGAUCUACUGGUCUUUGACAAUGCAGCUGCCGGUAUCAAGCACUCAAAUAUAAUCUGUGACGGCUGUAGAAGACACGGAAUUGCAGGAAUCAGGUGGAAGUGUGCACAGUGCAUUGAUUACGACCUUUGUACCCAGUGUUAUAUGGCGGAUGUUCAUUACCUUAAUCACACCUUCCAGAGAUUUCAAACUGCAAAUGCUAUAGGUGUGCAACUAACUCCAAGAGAAGGUUGCACUAAAAUACCAUUAAAAGGGAUAUUCAUUGGUGCCAAAGUUGUUAGAGGACCAGAUUGGGAGUGGGGUAAUCAAGACGACGGUCCCGAUAAAACGGGCCGUGUAAUGGACAUUCGUGGAUGGGACAAUGAAAGUAGUCGGUCAGUAGCAACUGUGACAUGGUCGACUGGUACCACAAACGUGUACAGACUUGGCUACAAAGGGUGCGUGGAUCUCUGUUAUGUUGAAGAAGCUACGUGCGGUACUUAUUACAAAGAGCACUUACCUGUUCUUGGGCACGUUGUGAUGAUGAUGCCAGUAUUGGAUCAACCCGCAAUACCUAAUGGUGGUAAUCCUACUCUGAGUCCUCGACAUUUGUCUUUUAGUGUUGGGGACAAAGUCAGAGUUCUAAUGGAAGUUGAGACAUUAAAACAAAUGCAAAUUGGUCACGGUGGUUGGAAUCCACGCAUGGCUGAAUAUAUUGGAAAGAUCGGCACAGUUCAUCGAGUCACAGACAAGGGUGAUAUUAGAGUCCAGUACGAAUCUUGCAAUAAUCGGUGGACUUUCCAUCCAGGAUCCUUGACCAAAGUCACUACCAAAGAUACAUUCACACUUGGAGACAUUGUUAGGGUCAAGACUGAUGCUACAUCUGUCAAGCAUUAUCAACGUGGCCAUGGAGAAUGGAUAGAUGUUAUGAAAACUGUCUUAGGGAAAACAGGAAAAGUAAUUAAAAUUUAUUCCGAUGGAGACAUUCGGGUGGAAUUUGACGGGCACACGUGGACUUUCAAUCCAGUAAACGUAACAUUGGUUCCACCAACAAGACCUGGAAAUGGAGGUCAAGGUGAUGCUAAUCGAUUCAGAGAUCGGUCGAAUGCAUUAAAUCCGUCCUGGCGUCCCGAUGGCGUUACAGGGUCAGGUGAUAAUAGUAUCGACAACGAAGUAGAGAAAUUGCUGCGAGAUGCAGCCUGUGGAGAAGCUGGAGUUGCUUCAGUUAAAGAAUUUUUACGUAAAAAUCCUGGUAAAGUUGAUGCAAGAUCUACCAGACCAGGAGGUGGUGACAAAACGUGCCUGCAAAUAGCUGCCCACCAGGGUCAGUGUGACAUCUGUUCAUUAUUACUGGAUGCUGGCGCAUCCCUCCAAGCUGUGGACGAAGACGGGGAUUCCCCUCUUCAUUACGCUGCAUUUGGAAACCAGCCGGAAAUAAUGGAAUUGUUGUUGGCACGUGGCGCAGCUGUUGAUGCAGUAAAUAACAGCAGAUGUAGCGCAUUACACGUGGCAGUAAACAAGCAGCAUGCUGCAUGUGUCCGAAUUUUGUUACACCAUGGGUGCGAUGUCAAUCUUCAAGACGAAUAUGGGGAUACAGCGCUACACGAUGCGAUUGGUAAAGAUGAUCUUGACAUUGUUGAAGCUUUAUGCUUGUGCGACCGCCUUGACGUGACCCUUCGCAAUAGAAGAGGGUUUAACAUCCUUCAUCACGCAGCUUUGAAGGGGAACACUUUUGCGACUGAAAAGCUUGUGGCUAAAGCCAGACAGUUAGUGGACAUAAAAAAAGAAGAUGGAUUCGCGGCUCUUCACUUAGCAGCUCUGAACGGGCAUCGUGACGUUGUGGCGACGCUCCUUUCGCCUACAGGUGGUUGUGCGCGUGUAGAUUUGCGUAACAACCGUCGUCAGACGCCACUGCAUUUGGCUACCUCUCAGGGACACUUAGAACUUGUUGAAUUACUGGUCCGACAUCAUGCUGACAUUCUUGCCCAGGACGAAGACGGGGAUACUGCACUUCACAUAGCAAUCACUAAAUGUCGACCUCAUCCCACCAGUGUCACACCGACAGAUGAGAAUAGCGAAUUUUCAGUUGUACAUGCGAUCUGGCAAAAUUUACUAAGGCAAGGAGCAAGAGCAGAGAUGGCUUUGGCAUGCUUCCUCGUCAGUUCGGACAGUUCCGGUCUCCUACUAGAGCAAGUAAGGAAUACUAAAGGAAAGUCGGCAUUGGACUUGCUGCACGCAGACCCAGAAUACGCAGCUUUAGCUGAUCUUUUACGUUCUUAUCAAACAGCUGUAACCAGCGGUAGUGAAGUACCAAGCAGUGGUCCCACGAGUAGAGUUGUAGAGACACUACCGACUCAGAUAGAAACAGAACCUUUAACAGAACCGUCGGAAGAAAGAUUGAGAAAGGAUGAACAAAGGCAGGACCCCGAAAAGUGUGCAACAUGUUCGGGAGUAACAGGAAAUAAGCUAGAAGAUGUAACUGGUGUGCCCGGCAGCAAUGUAGUAUUAUAUAGAUGUUUACAAUGUGGUCGCAAUAAUGCUAAACGUCGAGUGAGUCACGAUGAGCGAACGUUAGACAACGACCAAACAGAGGACAACGGCGUAGACGUGGACGGGAAAAGGAGAAAAGAAGAGGACAAAGACAAAGAUUUGGAAAGGUUGCGUUACCUCGAGUCUCGAGUCGCCGAUUUGGAAGAAGCCAACACAUGCAGCAUUUGCAUGGAACGGCGGAGAAACGUAGCCUUCCUUUGUGGCCACGGUGCGUGUGAGCAUUGCGCUGCGCCGCUUAAAACAUGCCACAUGUGUCGCAAAACUAUAACCAAAAAAAUCAAUUUGUAUUAAUACGAUUCUAGACACCAAUUUCGCUCGACCAUCCGUUCACCUCACCUCGUGUAGAAUUACGAAAAUAUAUUAUAUUAUUAUCAUCAUAUGACUUCUAACACCUAUUUGAUAUUAUUCACACAAAUAUUUAUAAUACUAAUAAUAAUAAUGAUGAUAUUAUAUUGUAAUUACAUGUGUGAAGUUAGCACUACGUUCUUCGUUUUGAUUCUCUUUCAACACUUUGUAUUGUUAGCUUCUAUUGCUUGAUUCCAACCCACCAAUUGGUUGAAUGACCAAUAAUGAUCACAUGUUGACUGAACGAUCCUUUUUGAAAUAUUUUAUGUAAAUAUACUGUUUAUGUUAUUUUUAUUUCUUGUAAUAGUCAAUAGGUGCGACAUCAAUAGUACCGAAAAGAAUUUUUGUUACCAGUAUGUAUGGAUCAUUUACUUGAUCACAAUGUGCACAACUUUUGCCGGGCAAAUUUGCUGUUCGGUACGCGAACAUUGUGUACUUAAUAUUUACUCUCGGUUACAGUGAAAGCCAGUUUUAUGGCAAAUCAUUUUUCCGAAGGUCUAUAACUUUGAGAAACGAUCGGUACAACCUUUGUACAGUAAUACGUUUUGAUGAUGCAAUGACCAGAUUAUAUGAAAGUGCCGAAUGUUAUAAAACAGUCAAGUUGGAAAGGAAUUAUUAAUCUUACGCAGGGAUGCAUUAACCAUUUCACACACUGAUAUUUACGGGUAUUUGAGCUUUUUUCAUUGGUCAGACGUCUACGAAAGUCAUAAUUUCACGAGUCAUGUAGACUUUUUUCCAACCAGAACGAAAAAAAAAUAUCAAAAAUCAAAAAUGUUAAUUUCGAUCCAAUCUUUGUUAUUGUAAUGCUUAUACUUCGAGUCAUUCUUCACAACUUAUUCUGUCACCCGAUUUCUCAAGUAUCAUAAUCUUCAUUUAGUUCAAAUUUUGUCGACUCCCAUAUGUGUCAUUAGGUAAAUGAGAAUACGUUAUUGACUCACCUAAUUUUAUCAGAUUGAGAUCUACUUAAAAAAUUAACAUUUAUAAAUUUGUAAUGAAUACGAGCAUCCAUCGUAUAAGACAGGGUACAUAAAAGCACCGCAUGUUGUUUUCUAGCGCGGUAAAUUUCAUUCUUCAAUUAUAUCAGACAAAAAGCCGUAACGUUUUCUCCACAUUGCAUAAACCUGCGCAUCCCAUCAUCACUUAGUUUAAGUAGAAUGAUAUAAUAAGAAUGGCGAUGAGAUAGUUUAAAAAUGAAUCAAAUAUCAAAUAUAUUCUCCGAAAUAGUUCCAAUUUUUUAAUUAUAUACGUUUGAUAUCCAAUUCAGCAUAGACGAAGAGAAUUAUU